AUGGGCCGAGGGGGUGGGGCAAACAGAGGAGGCGCGCAAAGGGGUGGACGCGGCGGCUUCAAUGGAGGACGUGGGGGUGGAGCCCAGCGAGGCGGAAGGAGAGGCUGGAGGGAUUGGGAGAAGAACAACCGUUCACGAGAAGCCUCAGUGGCCAUUUCUCCUGACUGGGCUAUGCUGGAGGAGAUCGAGUUCCACAGACUUGCAAAGUUACGUCUUGAAGUGGACGAUCCCGAAGAUUUGGACGACUACGGUCGGCUGUAUGCGUAUGAGAAAACCUACGACCGUAUCACCACGAAGUCCGAGAAGCCCCUGCAGAUACUAGACCGCAUCAAGUAUAACACUACCACGUCUGACGAUCCGGUCAUACAAGAGUUGGCAUCAAAGGACACUGCUACUGUGUACACGACAGACGUCAUCCUCAGUGGUCUCAUGUGUGCCCCCCGAUCAGUCUACCCAUGGGACAUCGUUGUCGUACGCGAAGGCAACAAGCUUUUCUUCGAUAAGCGCGACGGUGGCCCGUUCGACACCGUAACUGUCAACGAGAAUGCUGCUGACCCCCCGCAAGAUCCCCAAGCCGUCAAUCCGAACAACCCUAAUGAGAAGGUUGCUGUACCAGAGACACCUUCGAUCAACACUGCAACGUCGCUUUCUCUCGAGGCAACUUACAUUAAUCAAAACUUCGCAUUCCAAACUGUCAUCGAGAAUCCUCCUCCAGCAGCUGUCGAAUUUUCGAAGCCCAACCCCUUCUAUGGCCCAGAAGAGACGGAACCUCUUGCAUCAUGCGGGUACCGCUACCGUGUCUUUGACUUGGGUGUGACUGAAGACGAGGACAUCAAGUUGUGUGUUCGAACUGAGGUCGAUGGCUACACACCAGGACAGGAUAACCCGCGCGCCGGUCAGGGUCUGGUGACGAUCAGGGCACUCAACGAGUUCGACUCUCGUUCACCGGGCGCUGGUGGCGCGCCCGACUGGCGGACUAAGCUGGACUCUCAACGUGGAGCUGUUGUUGCCACGGAGAUGAAGAACAACAGUUGCAAACUCGCUAAAUGGACUGUGCAGAGCGUGCUCGCCGGUGCGGAACUGUUGAAGAUUGGGUUCAUCUCGCGCGUGAAUCCGCGGGAUAACACCCGUCAUGUCAUUCUGAGCACGACGUCGACGCGACCGAUGGACUUCGCGGCGCAGCUAAAUGUGUCCUUGGCAAACGGCUGGGGCAUCGUGCGGACCGUCACGGACAUGUGCAUGAAGCAGCCGGAAGGCAAGUACGUCCUUGUCAAGGACCCCAACAAGCCGGUCCUGCGUUUGUACGCUGUUCCCGCUAACGCGUUCACCGGAGAAGACGAUGAGGAUGAGGGUGCUUUUGACGGCGAAGAGCCCGAUUCAGUCGGCGCUGCUUAA